AUGGUGCUGCUGGCCGGGCCCGGGCCGGAGGGCGGCGGGGCAGGCUGCGUGAGCCCGCAGCCGCCGUCCCCACCCCAGGGCGCGCAGGUCGAGGAAGACGCCAGUGAGUACGAGGAGUACGAGGACUUCUCGAGUUUGCCAGAUACCCGCAGCAUCGCGUCGGACGACUCUUUCUACCCUUUCGGAGGCGAGGAGGAGUACGGCGCCCAAAGCGCGGAGAGCGCCCCGGAGGGCGUCCCGGAGGCGGCGACCCUCCUGCGCGCCGCCUGCGCCAACGACGUGGGGCUGCUGCGGGCGCUGGUGCAGCGGGGGCCGCGCGUCGAGGAGGUGCAGGAGACCGACCGCAACGGCCGGACUGGCCUCAUUGUCGCCUGCUACCAUGGCUUUGUGGAUACUGUAGUGGCCUUAGCAGAGUGCCCCCACGUUGACGUCAACUGGCAGGACAGCGAGGGGAACACGGCCCUCAUCACGGCUGCACAGGCAGGGCACGCCACCAUCACCAACUACUUGUUGAACUAUUUCCCUGGUCUUGACCUUGAAAGGAGGAACGUGUUCGGGUUCACAGCUCUGAUGAAGGCCGCCAUGCAGGGCCGCACCGACUGCAUCCGAGCCCUGAUGCUGGCAGGGGCAGAUGUCCACGCGAAGGAUCCCCGCCGCGGGAUGUCGUCCCAGGAGUGGGCCACUUACACGGGCCGGGUGGAGGCCGUCCGCCUCAUGCAGAGGCUGCUGGAGCGCCCCUGCCCGGAGCAGUUUGGGGAAAAGUACAAGCCGGAGCUGCCGCUGCCCCCCGAGACGGCGGGGAAGCCCGCGGGCUCCAAAAACUGCUUGCAGAGGCUCACGGAGUUCCUGCGGUCCGCGCUGACCUCCCGCCCCAGCCAGGGCCUGGAGGAUGGGGGCGUCCUUGACCACAUGGUCCGCAUGACCACGAGCCUCUACAGCCCCGCCGUGGCCAUCGUCUGCCAGACCGUGUGCCCCGAGAGCCCCCCCUGCGUGGGGAAGAGGCGACUGGCGGUGCAGGAAAUCCUGGCGGCUCGCGGGGAGCGGGACACCCACGUCCCGGAGAGGGACAAGGCGGAGGGCACCGAGCAGGAGUUCCGGACCCCGCAGGGAGGGGGGGCCUCCGGCGCGGGUCCCCCGAGAGCCGGCCUGCCGCCUGCCCCGCUGCCCGGGACCCGGGGGGCCGCCCCGCCCUCGCGGAAGGCCAGCCUCCUGCCCCUGCAGCUGCUGAGGCGGAGCAGCGUGCGGCCGGGCGUCGUGGUCCCCAGGGUCCGCAUCACCAAGGCGCCGGCGCCCACCUUCCAGCCCGAGCGGCCGGCGCGGAAGAGCAGCACCAAGGACAGCGCCCACCUGCAGAUCCCCAAGUGGCGGUACAAGGAGGCCAAGGAGGAGAAGAGGAAGGCGGAGGAGGCGGAGAAGAAGCGCCUGGCCGAGGCGCAGAAGGAAAGGCGCGCGCCGCCCUGGAGGAAGAGGACGUGAGGGUCCGGCCGGGCGGGGGACGAGCGGCUGCGGGCGCAGAGCCCGC